UACAAUUUUUAUUUUGGUUUUGAUUUGUAAUGAGUGAGAUUAUUCAUUAAAGUUUAAAUAAAUGUUAAAUGUAUCAAAAGUUUUACAAAAAUUUAUUUCUAACAUUUUGCCUACACAAACAUUCAAAAUGGUAAAAUAUUUAAAACAAGACGAGGCCAUCAACAUCGAUCAAGAACUGUUUAAUGUGUAUAAAUUUAGUGUUGAUCAACUAAUGGAACUGGCUGGCUUAAGUUGCGCAACAGCUAUACAAAAAUGCUUUCCACCAAUUAGUCAUCACAGAGUAUUGGUGAUCUGUGGACCAGGUAACAAUGGUGGUGACGGUCUAGUGUGCGCGAGGCAUAUGAAACUGUUUGGUUAUUCACCUGAAGUAUAUUAUCCCGUGCGAACAGAGAAACUUUUGUACAGUAAUCUUGUGCAUCAGUGCGAGGCAUCUAGUGUACAUGUGUCUGAUUCCUUGUCCGACAACAUAUUCACAUAUGACCUCAUAGUAGAUGCAUUGUUUGGUUUUAGUUUCAAGCCUCCAGUGCGAGCAAAAUUCCUACCUGCCAUAAAUGUAUUGAAAAAAAUCGACAAACCGAUCUGUAGCAUAGAUAUCCCGAGUGGUUGGAGCAUAGAAGGAGUUCCUGAAAGCGAUGCAAUUAAUCCAGAGAUGUUAAUUUCAUUAACAGCACCAAAAGAAUGUGCCAGAAAUUUCAAAGGAAAACAUCAUUAUUUAGGUGGAAGAUUUAUACCCAAAAAGUUGGAAGAAAAAUAUCAAUUGAAAUUGCCUGCAUAUCCUGACGCAGAAUGUUGUGUAAAAUUAUAAAAUUGCAUACAUGAUACAUGUAAUAUAUAAUUUAAAAAUUAUUUUUAAAUUGUGUAUACUUGUUUUUGGUUAAUCUAGAAAAAUGUUAAAUAAAAAAUAAAUGUAAAUUA